AUGAGAUACCCACCCCACGAGGUUGAGUAUGCCGGACAACAAACAAUCCUGAUGGAAAUACUUUUGGAGGAUCAUGAGGGAACACAAUAUCUUGCACGUUGUGAGGCAUCUGUGUGUUCAGCAGGGGAUAGUGCUGCUUACCAUCGGUCUUCUGUCUUUGGUGAUGAUGUGGUUAUAGUGGCUGCCUAUCGAACCGCACUGUGCAAGUCCAAAAGGGGUGGCUUUAAAGAUACUUAUCCUGAUGAUUUACUAGCACCAGUGUUGAAGGCUUUGAUAGAGAAAACAAAUGUUAAUCCAAGUGAAGUUGGGGACAUUGUUGUGGGCACGGUUUUGGCUCCAGGUUCCCAAAGAGCAAGUGAAUGCAGAAUGGCUGCAUUUUAUGCUGGUUUCCCUGAAACUGUACCUGUUAGAACCGUGAACAGGCAAUGUUCAUCAGGUCUGCAAGCUGUAGCCGAUGUUGCUGCAGCUAUCAAAGCUGGGUUUUAUGACAUUGGAAUUGGUGCUGGGUUAGAGUCGAUGACUGUUAAUCCUAUGGCUUGGGAAGGAUCAGUCAAUCCAAGGGUGAAGACAAUGGUUCAAGCACAAGAUUGUCUCCUUCCAAUGGGUAUCACUUCAGAAAAUGUCGCUCAUCGUUUUGGAGUAACAAGGCAGGAACAAGAUCAGGCUGCAGUUGAGUCUCACAAGAAAGCUGCUGCUGCCACUGCGUCAGGCAAAUUUAAAGAUGAGAUAAUACCAGUUAAAACCAAGAUUGUGGACCCUAAAUCUGGGGAUGAGAAGUUGGUGACGAUAACCGUUGAUGAUGGAAUCCGACCAAACACUUCAGUGGCAGAACUGGGCAAGCUGAAAGCAGUUUUCAAGAAAGAUGGAUCAACCACUGCUGGGAAUUCUAGCCAAGUGAGUGAUGGUGCUGGAGCUGUGCUUCUCAUGAAGAGAAGUGUUGCCAUGCAGAAGGGACUCCCUAUUCUUGGUGUAUUCAGGAGCUUUGUUGCCGUUGGUGUGGAUCCUGCAGUCAUGGGCAUUGGUCCAGCUGUUGCUAUUCCAGCUGCAGUCAAAACUGCUGGUCUUGAACUUGGGGAUAUUGAUCUUUUUGAGAUAAAUGAGGCAUUUGCUUCACAAUAUGUAUACUGCCGUAAGAAACUUGAGCUCGAUCCUGAGAAGAUCAAUGUCAAUGGAGGUGCCAUGGCUAUUGGACAUCCCUUGGGUGCAACAGGAGCUCGCUGUGUUGCUACAUUAUUGCAUGAAAUGAAGCGCCGUGGCAAAGAUUGUCGUUUUGGCGUUGUGUCAAUGUGUAUAGGCACUGGGAUGGGGGCGGCUGCUGUGUUUGAGAGGGGUGACUCCUGUGACGAGCUUUGCAAUUCACGUACAGUUGAGACACAGAAUUUUCUGUCCAAGGAUGCUCGAUAA